GUGGACUUGGCUGUCCUGUCACCAUCUGCCUUGAAACUCGGCAAAGACAUCUUGACACCGUCUCAGCAGGCGACACUCGGCUACUACACCAGCAGCCUCCAACAUCUUUAGAAACCACAGCUAGAGUCUGAUCCAACCGUCGUUUGGCAUUGUAUAACUGAGAGUAAAAGCACAUUCAAAAUGCAGACCCUGGAGAUAUCCACCCUGUUGUGUCUCAUCCUUGUCUGGAGCGGCGCCGAUGCCUCACAGAAGCCCAUCUGUUCCCUGGGGCCAGUGAGCCAGGGGCUCCAGUGGCUCGCCGACCCGGACAACUGCUCCACCUUCUACCUGUGCCACGGAGCCCAGAGGUUCGAGUUUGACUGCGGGGACAACGUCUGGGACCAAGAAACCAAGACUUGUGUCGGUCGGGGAUCUGAGUGGGAUAAAUGCUCACUCGUCAAAGAUCUCAAUACAUGGCAACGAGCGAGAAGUGCACUGAAGGCAGCAAAGCGGUCUUCGCCAAGGGAGACAACUGCGCCCAGUACUACGACUGCAGUUCAAGGGAGGCGACCGUGAGCAGCGACCCCACUGUGCGCGAGUGCGAGUUCCCUCUCUUGUUCAACGAUGUCACCAAGCAGUGCGAGCACUUCAGUCAAGUCACCUGCGGGCUGAGAGAAGAACCUCUGGAUGCAUGUGGCUAUGCAGCCAACCAGUGUACCCGAAGCUCUCACUGCAUCCCGUGCAACGUUCGUUUCCCAUCAUGCCGCGGGCUGCCAGACGGCCUCAACCCCUGGGUGGGACGCGAGUACUCGCCCUACUUCGUCCUGUGCCAGAACCAGCGGGACCUCCACCACGGACAGUGCCAGGGUGGACAAUCUUCCACCCGGAGCAACGUGUCUGCACCGCCAUUCCAGAGAAACCAGCAACUAGUGCAUCCUCAGUGAGGUGGCAGGGAGGAGACGAAACUGUUGAAACCUUUGAUCUCAGCAACGGCAUGUGUACACCCCUUCAUCCCUCAAAAAGAAGAAAAUGAUUUUCUCCGCACAGAAGACAUAUGUCUUACCGCAAUAUGUUCCAACAGAAACUGAAAGAAGCAAAAAAACAAUUUUCUUUAAACCGCUUCAUCACUGAAACUGUCGACAACAGUAGCAAAUAGCAGUUAUCAUGAUUCUAAUGUACAAUAAUUUAUAAAACUUCUUUGUUUUUCUCAGUUUGGUAAUUUUUUUUAAACAAUCAUUGUUCAUAAUAGUAUUAUGCAUUUUUAUUUUGAUUGUUCUUGCUUGGAAAUGUUAUUAUAUAUUUAUUUGAAAUCAAAUGUUUGACUCCUCUGUGAUAAAUUUUAUAUGAUUUUGUUUUUCGGUCGAUGAUUGAAAUGAUAAUUGACGAAUAAAUUGAAAAGUCAG